AUGGAUCCGCCGUUCCGGCACACCAAGAGCAGGGGCUUCAUCUCCAGCGCGGAGCUCAGCAUGAAGCAGGGAGCCGCGGGCGCUCCCGAGGGCAGGUCCCGCUUCCAGAAGGUCUCGCUGGUGUCGCGGCGCCUGGAGAGCCCCGGGAGCGAGCGGGGCCGGGACGGGAGCCCCUCCCGCGUGUCCCUCCUGCUGCAGGCCUGGGAGAGGGAGAUCGUGGAGAAGACGGGCUCCAGCCCCUCCGCCCCGACCCGCCGGGAGCACUCGUCCUCAGUCAGCCUCCUCAAGGACUUCACGGCGCACGGCCCCAUCUUCUCGCAGGUUUAUUCCCCGGCGCAGGGGCCCCGGCGCCAGGACGAGCGGGGGAAGGGGGGCCCCGGCCGUGACGGCUCCCCCAUCCCGGGGGCUGCCCCCCGAGAGGUGCACAGGGAGAGCUACGUGCACGGCACCCUCCUGCCCACCCGGCCCGCCGAGCGUCCCGCGGGGGCUCCCGGAGACGCUCCCGGUGCCCCGAGCGCCGCCAAGCCCGGCCGCGUCCCCGCCGUGCCCAGGGCCAGGCAGGUGACGGUGCUGCGGACGGGCAGGGCGGAGGGACGGGGGGCUCCGAACGGGACACACGGCACUGCCGGGACCACCGCGGCCUCGCCGCAGCGGGCUCGCCCCGGGCAGGACGGCAGCGGCUCCUCGGCGGCCGCAGCGGGCAGGGAGAGCUCCCGGGCAGAGGGAUCCCCCGAGGAGAAGGACUCGGCACAAGCCGAACCCGCGCCGGUGAGCGCAGCUGCGGGAGCCGGGCCCGGGGACCCACAAACCAGUCUGACCAGCUCCCCGCAGGGUCCCUCGGCUGGUGCCGCUGGCCAGGCUGAGCCGGCUGUUGCAGGUGAGGGAAGCGUGGCGGACGUGGAUGGCACCGUUUCAGCCACGCCACCGAGGACAGAGAGCCCCCCGGGAGCCGCCAGCACCCCCGAGAACCCCCCCUCAGAGGUGAGCGAUGGUCCAGAGCCUUCAUCCGAAACAGCAGCAUCGGCUGAGAUUGAGUUGGACGGAGAUGAGACCACGGGAGACCCCCAGAGUACAGCCCAAGAGCCUGAGAGCAUCCCAGAGCCCCCCACCGAGCCCCCAGCCCCUGAGCCCCCAGCCGAGAGCCCCCCGGACGCGGCUGAGGAGGACCCCGAGCUGCUGGUGGACAUGGAGAUCUUCGUGGACACGCUGCGCAACAUGGAGCCCUCGGAGAUGCGGAAGGCGCCCAAGGCUCCGCGGCAGCCCCGGCAGUCGGUGCUGGGUCGCUGUGCGGCUCUGCCCCCCAUCCACGAGGACCGCGUGGCCCCCCGAGCCCCCGUGUCCCUGCCCGAGGCUCUGCGGGAGCUGCUGGCGCGGGGCCCGGCGGGGCGGCCCGAGGAGACCCCCGAGGAAGAGGAGGAGAUCGAGAACCCCUACCUGAGCCCCGAGGAGCGGGCGGCAGCGGGGACCCUCCGUGGGGUGCCCAGGGACGGCCCGGCAGAGCGGAGUGUGCUCUUCCGAGGGAAUGUCCUCAAGGGCAUGGCGCUGCUCUCCCACUUUUUGGAGCAGCGGGCAGCUGGAGCUGACGAGGGCAAGCCCUACUCCCGCCUGGACAAGAGUGUGCUCUACAGCCGCUUUGUGUCCCCCAGCGCCGCCCUGCUCGAGCUGCCCGACAGCAACGGGGCCACAGACUUACCCUGCCUCGGGGACCACAAUGGGCUGAGCCCUGGUGGCCAUUCCGGCCCCGAGAUGGCCAUGCUGGAAGCCCUGACUUCUGGCUCUGUCCCUCCUGCCACCGAGGAGCCGGAGAGCACCGUGACCCUGAGCCUCGACCACGUCCUGAUGGCUGCAGCAGCCGAUGUCGCUGCGUGCUCCUCACCCGCCCGUCCCCUCGGCUCUUCCCAGCAGGAGGAUAAGGAGGGCAUGGAGAAGAUCAACACGAGGCCUGGCAAGAUGAUCCUGUACUCCGGUGCCGGCUUCGCGGGGCACAAACGCGACAUCUGGGACGAUGUUCCUGACGCCACGUCCUGGGAGCUCUCACACACCAUCUCCAUCCGAGUCAUCCGGGGCGGGUGGGUGAUGUACGAGAAGCCGAGGUUCCGAGGGCGCAAAUGCGUCCUGGCCGAGGGGGACGUGGAGAUCGACAACCCCUGGACGGCGUACGGGGCGAGCGGGGAGCGCGGGGGCCGCCCCUUCCACAUCGGCUCCUUCAAGAGGGUGGUGCGGGAUUACCGCACCCCCGAGAUCAGCCUCUUCGCGGAGGAGAACGGCGAAGGAGCCCGGCUGAGGUUCAGCGGCUCUGCCGAGGACACCCGAGAGCGGGGACAGGCGCUCGCUGCCGCCUCCAUCAUCGUCCACUCGGGCCUGUGGCUCCUUUACUCCAAGCCGUUCUUUGAUGACGAUCCCUACGUCCUGGAGCCGGGCGGGUACCCCAAUUUAAAGGCUUGGGGAGCAAAGGACCCGUCCAUCUGCUCCCUGCAUCCCAUCAGGCUGGGCUGCCCCGUUGUGGAGAGACCUGGAGAGCCACAGGUGCUGAUCUACGAGGCUGCAGCUUUCCAGGGCCGCAGCUUCACCAUCAGCAGAGACAUCUACGACCUGAAGAGCCUGGCCGAGCCAGCGCUGCCCACCGUGGGCUCCCUGCGUGUCCUGGGAGGCUGCUGGGUUGGCUACGAGAAGGAAGGCUUCCGUGGCCACCAGUACCUGCUGGAGGAAGGGGAGUACCAGGACUGGAGGCAGUGGGGCGGCUACAGCAGGGAGCUGGUGUCCCUACGGCUGAUCCGGACGGACUUCUCUGACCCAGCCCUGGUCCUGUUUGAGGCCAUGGACUUCGAGGAGGGCGCGAGCGUGGAGCUGAGCGAGGCGAUCCCCGACACGCGGCUGGCCGGCUACGGCAGCGUCACCCAGUCCAUCCACGUGCUGAGCGGAGUCUGGGUGGCCUACGAGGGCCCCAACUACUCUGGCGAGCAGUACAUCCUGGAGAAGGGGGUGUACCGCAACUGCGAGGACUGGGGGGCCACCGACUGUCACAUCGCCUCGGCACAGCCCAUCCUGCAGGUCAGGGAACACAACCUCCACUUCGUCUCCAAGAUCCUGCUUUUCUCAGAGCCCGACUUCUUGGGGGAUCAGGUUGCCUUUGAGGAGGACCAGGAGGCCCUGCCCGAAGCCUUCAUCCCACGCUCCUGCAGAGUCCGUGGGGGCAGCUGGAUCCUGUUCGACGGGCAGGACUUUGCGGGGGAGCAGCACGUGCUGUCCGAGGGCGAGUACCCCACGCUCGGUGCCAUGGGCUGCCUCUGCUCCACCGCCAUCCGCUCCCUGAAGAAAGUUCCACUGUUUUUCUCGGAGCCCUCCAUCUUCCUGCAUGGGCUGGAGUGUUUCGAGGGGAAGGAGAUCGAGCUGAACUCCGAGGUGCGGAGUCUCCAGGCCGAGGGUUUCAACAACCACGUGCUGUCGGUGCGGGUCAAGGGAGGGAUCUGGGUGCUGUGUGAGCACGGGGACUUCCGAGGGCGGCAGUGGCUGCUGGACUGCACCGAAAUCACCAACUGGCUGACCUACAGCGGGCUCCAGCACGUGGGGUCCCUCUACCCCAUCCGCCAGAGACGGAUUUAUUUCCGCAUCAGGAGCAGGAAGCUGGAGCUCUUCCUCUCGGUCCCUGAUGAUGUGGAGGACAUGAAGGCGGGGCGGGUGGUGGUCUCCAGCCUGAGCGAGCAGAGCAGCUCCGUCUGGUACUACGAGGAUGGGCUGAUCAAAAACCAGGUGGCCCCCAGCAUGAGCCUGCAGGUCAUCGGGCCGGCCGGGAAGGGCGCGAAGGCCGUGCUGUGGUCCGAGACGCGGAUGCCGCGUCAGACCUGGAGCGUCGAUUCUCGGGGAAGGAUCCACAGCCAGAUGUUCGAGGACAUGAUCCUCGAUGUCAAGGGCGGCCAAAGCUACGACCGGGACCACGCCAUCGUCUGGGACAUGGCUGAUGAAAGAGCCACGCAGAUCUGGGACAUCCAGGUGCUGUGAGGGGCAGAGGUGCCAUGGGGCAGGAUGGGGACACCGUGCCAGCGUCCCCACACUGGGGCAGGAGACCCCAGACCCCACCCAUGCUGCACCCCAAGCGCCUCUGUGCCCCAGCUGCUGGUGUGAGGGAUGAGCAUCAACCUCUCCAUCACUGGGGGACCACCCCACCUUCCUCCCGAGGAGACCCGAACAUGGUCCACGAAGGAUCCCACGGGCACAAUCAGUGUAGGACCCUCUGGAGAGCAGCUGGGUGUUUCCUCCCCCUGAACUGUAUUUAUGUACGUGUGUAAGAUACAGCCCUGCUCGACUGGGCCAGCUCUGCCUGGGUGGUUGGUGUCCUUGUCCUUGUCCUUGUCCUGCCCAGAGCCUGGCAGUGCCCCCCACCCCGAUCCUGGUGCCAGGAUGGGAUCCCAGUGCCCUCCACGGGCACGGGCAGCUCCAUGGAGCAGUUGGAGGUGGGAGCUCCAUGGCCAAGCCGUGGUGCCCUCGAAGCACUGGGGGCUGCGGGACCCCAACAGCUGCAGCCCAGGGGACCCUUGUGGCCUUGGGGUCUACACGAGGACUUAGAGGUUAAGAUCAGCUCUGCAGGAAGGGGCGCUGAAGGAAGUGAAAGCCGCUCUAUGUUGCAGAGCCCCCAGCAGGGUCCAGCUCCGCUCCACGCCGCGACCCCGCCCGACAGGAAGUGCUGCAGCCCUUCUCACGGGCUUAUAUUAACUCUGCCGUGCUGUGAUUGGCUGAGGGCGGGAGCUGGCGGCACUGGAUUGGCGGAGAGCAGCACCCCCUGCUGCGGGAUUGGCCAGGACUGCGCGCGGGGGUCCCGCCCGAACCCGAGGAGGGCUCGGAGACACUCGGGAAUACUCGGUGACACUCGGAGACCCUCGGGAAUACUCGGGGACACUGGG